AUUUUCUACAAGCCCCUCUCUUGAGUCUCGUUACUCUCAUGUCUGGUGUAGGCUAUUUUCGUCUAUUGACAAAUUACGGCCGAGGUCACCCCGCUACUGCUCUGCGCGUCCAAACUGCAUAUGCAGGUUUCUUGAAUGCCGCAGAUGGAAACCACGGCCAUGGAAGAAAAUUCUGCAGCUCUUCUUGAUGAGCUCAAACUUCGUGACGUUAUUGCUAAAGGCUCAUUAGAUUUUGGUGCUUGGACUUUUCUAAUAUCACAGAUUGAACGAGCAUAUCCUGAUGACAGAGAGAAAAUCUGUUUGGUGUACGACUCUUUCUUGUCCAAAUUUCCUUUGUGCCAUGGUUACUGGAGGAAGUAUGCUGAUCACAUGGCACGCUUAUGCACUGUUGAUAAAGUUGUUGAAGUUUUUGAACGAGCUGUGCAAUCAGCAACCUACUUGGUGGGUGUAUGGGUUGACUACUGUAGCUUUAGUAUGUCUGUAUUUGAUGAUCCAGAUGAUGUUCGCAGGUUAUUUAAAAGAGGGUUGUCAUUUGUUGGAAAGGAUUACUUAUGCCAUACAUUAUGGGACAAAUACAUUGAAUUUGAGUUGUGUGAGCAGCAGUGGAGUUUCCUAGCUAAGAUCUACAUUCAAACUCUGAGAUUUCCAACAAAGAAGUUGCACAGCUAUUAUGAUAGUUUUAAGAAGUUGGUUGCCAUUUGGGAAGGGGAGAUGGGAUGUCAGAACGACUGUGACAUGGAAGUACCAUCAGAUCCUGUGCUUGAUGGCGGUGAGGUCAUUUCAUCUUGUGAGAAUGAAAUUUCUUCCAUCAUAAAAGACCUGCAGGAUCCAUCUAUCAGCUCCUUCAGGUCUAAUGCUCUGCAAAAGUAUUUGUCCAUUGGAGAACAGUUCUAUCAGGAAGCAUGCCAGUUAGAUGAAAGAAUACAUUUCUUUGAGGCUGGUAUACGGAGGCCUUACUUCCACAUAAAACCUCUUGAUGACACUCAGCUAGAAAAUUGGCAUCACUAUCUAGACUUCAUUGAAAUGCAAGGGGACUUUGACUGGACUGUGAAACUUUAUGAGAGAUGCUUAAUUCCUUGUGCAAAUUACCCUGAGUUCUGGAUGCGUUAUGCAGAAUUCAUGGAAAGUAAGGGUGGAAGAGAGAUAGCAAACUUUGCCCUAGAGCGAGCAACACAAGUAUUUCUGAGGAGUGUACCGGCAAUUCGCCAUUUCGAUGCCAGGUUUAAGGAGCAAAUAGGAGAUUUGAUUGGUGCACAUGCUGCAUUUGUUCGGCAACACACAGAUGAAGGUUCCAACUUUGUUGGAAAUGUCAUGAAAAAAGCCAAUAUGGAAAAACGCCUGGGAAAUUUUGUAGAAGCCGUUAAUAUUUAUAAAGUGGCAAUUGAAAUGGCAAUCAAAGAGCAAAAGUUGCAUACUCUUCCUAUUCUAUACCUUCAAUUUUCUCGAUUUCAGUACAAAGUCACUGGCAGAGCAGAUGCUGCCACAGAUGUUUUAGUAGAUGGUGUUAAACACCUGCCUCACUGCAAAUCACUUUUAGAGGAACUAAUAAAAUUUGCAUUGUUGCAUGGAGAUCCAAGGCAUUUGAAUGUCGUAGACGCCAUUGUAGCUGAAGCAAUCUCUCCAGGCCGAGAUGAAGCUGAAGGUCUGAAUGCCAAAGAUAGGGAGGAGAUAUCAACCCUAUAUUUAGAGUUCGUUGAUCUUUGUGGAACCAUUCAUGAUGUAUGUAAGGCAUGGAAUCGGCACAUAAAGAUGUUUCCACACUCCAUGAGGACUACCUUCUCAUAUGAGCACCCAGCUACCACUGCAGCAUGUUUGAAAAUUGCCAUGGAAGGAAAGCUGGAUAUUCUUGCUGAUUUGCUUCAUCAUCCAUCUGGUAAUUGUUCUGACCAUCCAGCGACCCUUCAGAUGCAAGACCAGAGAGUUCCGUUGUCAGAAAAUCAUCUUCAGUCAGACCAAGCUGUAACUGAGCAGCUCCAAUCAGAAUCUAAUGGUACUGUGCAAGAGAGGUUGCUACAAUUAUCACCCAAAGCUCCACAUCAGAUUGGAGAGAGUGCCCCUGAACCGCAUGUAUCAAAUCUUGAUUCAGUACAUCAAGUUGGCAAUGGUUCUGAAUUUGUAGUAGUCUCAGUGGAGCACUCUAAAGCAAGUGAUUUUCCCCAAGCACAUGACCAUGAGACUGAACAGGAUGUGAAACCACUUUCACUGGAGAGCUUGUCCUUAAAUCCCCAAGAAAAUGAACCUACAGAUUCAAUCCCCACUACAUCUCAUGAGCAUGAAGCUUGUCAACAAGCCUCUAUGUCAAAUGGAAGUCUAAUGUCAAAUGGAAGUGUAUUAGAGGGUGGUUUCCAGACUAGUAGAAGCCUUUCUAUAUCCAGCCCACUAGUUACACAGCUGGAUGAUUCUGCCCAAAAUCAGAAUGAAUCAGUGAGUCAUUCUCCUUUGUUAAGACAUCAAAGUCCUAUUCCAAGACGGGCACAUACAGAGUCACUAGUUUCUCCAGUUAGUGAUGGAAACCAGCGUCGAAGGAAUAAUGCCAACAAGCCUCGUAGAGCUUCCAAUUCUGGAUAUCGAAGGCAUUCACAAGACCAACAGCGUCAGGAUUCUCCGCAGCUACAGCGCUCAUGGGCUGAUACAGGUGCUCAAGUGCUUGUAAGUGAAGGUUAUCACUCCGACACACAUUCUUGGCAAAAUAUACAAGUUCAGCAAGGCAGCCAUGCACAAAAUUUGUAUCAGGCAGCUGCUGCUUCAGGAGUUCCUGCUAUACAUGAAUGGCCAAUGCAAAAUAUGCAGCAACAGGGCAUUUCAUCUGCGUCGCAGAUACCACCCUCCCAAACCAUUGCUUACCCUCAAUCUGAGACUUCACAAAUUCCCGUACAAAGUAAUAUGCAGCAUGGAGUUGCACAAAAUGAACAAGCAUACACUCAGAUGUGGCAUUAUUAUUACUACCAGCAGCAGCAGCAGUUCCUCAUGCUGCAACAGCAACAACAGGUACAACUGCAAAAUCUGCAGCACCAGCAGCAACACGAACAGGAACAGCAGCAGCUUAUGCAGCAGCAAUAUCAGCAGCAACACCUGCAACUGCAGCAGCAGCUGCAAUUGCAACAGCACUAUCUUCAGCAGCAGCAGCAACAGCAACAGCCCUUCCAGCAACAGGAGCAGUCAGAGCAGCAGCUGUUGCAGUUGCAACAACAACAAUACUAUCUGCAGCAGCUCCAACAGCAGCAGCAGCAGCUACCCUAUCAACAACUUCAACUUCAGCAACAGCAGGUUCUUCAAUUACAGCAGCAGCAGCAGCAGCAGCAACAUCUGCAUUCGCUGCAGCUUCAACAGCCGCAACUGCAGCAUCUUCAGCCACUGCAGCUGCAGCAGCUACCGCUGCAGUUGCAACGUCAUGUGCAGCCACAACAGGAACAUCAAUUGCAACUGCAACAACCACAACAACAAGAUGAGCAGCAACAGCUACACGAACAACAGCAACAUCAACCACAGCUGCAGCAUCAGCAACAGCAACUAGAGCAACAACAGCUGCAGCAACCGCAGGAAAAGCAGGAGGUAGAGCAGCAACAGCAACAGCCGGCGCGACAGAAGGAAGAGCAGCUGCAGCAUCAGCAUCUACCACAUCAACACCAAGAAGGAGACCAACAACAGCAAGAGAUAAUUACUCCAUCAAACAGCAGCUACAAUCCACAGGGUGAAGGAGUUGCAUCAUUGCAUCAUACUGGGGCAUCUGAACCUCCUGUAUCUCCAGCUCCCGAAUACCAAUCCAAUCAAUGGCAAAAAGCAGAUGGUAGCCCUGGUGGUUCACUGCAUGAGGCAUCGCCACAGCCCUAGCUCAUGUUGAUAAAAUGUACUAUUAUUCUUUUGCCUCAAAGAUUUCUUCACAAGGAACUGAAGGCCAGCAUAAACACAAAUCUGCAGUUCGUCUUGAGGCCCAACAUUAACAUAAAGCGACAGUUUCAACAGGAGUCUUUUUGCAGGAAAAAUGAACCUGAGUUGCUUGUUGAUUCAAAUCAAUAUUUGUAGCAACUCAAGUUACAUGUGAAGAUUGCAGAUCAGAGGAUCUGGUUUUGCUGGUGGUGGAUGGUGCAUGAAAUUUUGGGUAACAUGUUCGAUGCUGUCUGUGAGGAGUAGGCGAAGGAUAGACGGUGGAUUUUAAUCGUUUAGCUGCUAAAGCAUACGCGGAUGAAAUUUGGCGGACGCAUUCAAGUUGGUUAAUAUAGAGAUUAUUUAUGAGCAUUCAUAAGACUUCAGUUACAAAAUUGGCUUUCACAAAUUGCAAAAUCUUGAGAAAUUUUAUUAGUUAAAGGUCUAAGACUUCCAUACUCGAGGACUUUGGUUCAAAUCUUGAAUAUGUGGAAAGGAUUAUGGAAUAAGAGAUGGGCUCGUCUCCUUAAUGUACUUCAGGCUCAAUGAUGACUUUCAACCAAACAAAAGAAUAGUAAUAAUAAUAAUACAAUCUAGCACUUGACUUAUUA